AUGUCGAGCGCGCGACGCGGUGUGGCCUACACCAUUGACAGUAUCCUCGGCCAUCGAGUCCCUAACAACGGUAAUGAUGGCGUGGAUAUGAAAAGCGAGAGCGUGCACUCAGACUCCGAGCAUGAACACGAGCAUGAUCAUGACCACGAGCAGGGUCAGGAGCGCGAACCGGAUAUUGACCCGAGUGCCGAACACACUGACCAUUUAGACAUGGAUGCCAAUAGACCACGCAAGGUACGUCGCAGCCGGACCACGUUCACGACCUACCAGCUGCAUGAACUGGAACGCGCCUUUGACAAGACACAGUACCCAGACGUCUUCACGCGUGAGGAACUUGCACUACGGCUGGAUCUCAGCGAGGCGCGUGUACAGGUGUGGUUCCAAAACCGUCGCGCGAAGUGGCGCAAGCGAGAAAAGGCGUUAGGGCGCGAACAUGCUCCUUUCCUGCAUCAUGAUCAUGGAGAAUGGGGCGGCGCCAGCGCACCAGGUGGUGAGUGGUGGUCGCUAGGACUUAGCGCAUUGCCUCCCGCGCCUUUGUGGCCCGAACCAGCAUUGGCUGCAUUACUCCACAGGUACGUCCUUCGUCUGCCGCCACCCGCCACUCACUCUCCAGUGCCACGUUCUCCGUCUCCUCUCCGCUCUCCGCCCCGCUCGCCGCUCCGCUCAGUGGGUACAGCCAGCACACUAUCCGUUCCGCCAGAUGCGUUGCGGCUUCUACAUGAACGGUAUAAUCGCGUCCACACAUAA